AUGGGGAAACCAAAGAUGAAGCUCUCAUCUCUGUUCAGAGGAAGAGCCGGAGGAUUAUUGGCCGUUCCUCUCUGCUCCAACGCGAAAACACUUUCACUCCGAGUCGGAGACGACAUGCUCAAGACGGUUGAUAUAUUAGAGGCCGAAACGCCUGAGUCAUGGUUCACUAACUCGUCAGAGACAGCGAGUCACUCAACCGAGUCGGAACAAGACCUAGACGCGGAGUCUCUGGAGAUGGUUGUUAAAGGAGUGGUUAGAUCAGAGCGGUUGUUCUUCGAUCCAGGAGUCACGAGUUCGAUCCUGGAAGAGAAUAACCAGAAAUUGACUAAACAAAGCCCAUUAACAACUAUUAAGGCCCAAACCACUAAACCGAUCGUAUCAGCGACUGUAUCGCUACCGAUUGAUGAGAUAAGCGUCCCAGUGGUGAUGGAAUCGGAGGAUCCGUACGGAGAUUUCCGACGAUCGAUGGAGGAGAUGGUGGAGAGUCACGGCGAAUUGGCUAACGACUGGCGGAGCUUGGAGUCGAUGCUCGCGUGGUAUUUGAGGAUGAACGGGAGGAGGAGCCACGACGUAAUCGUUUGUGCUUUCGUUGAUCUUCUCUCUGGACUAUCUGAUUCCCGUGCAGGAACAUCGCCGGUGACGGAUUCGGCUCGUUACUCGACGGCUGUAUCGUCUUUGCCGUCGUCGCCGUUAUAUUCAUCGUGUCAACGUCAGACGGAAAUCGAAGAAGAAGAUAGACGGAGCUGUUGAGAUUAUUGUUUUUUAGUUUAAUCUCCUUUUAUUGGAUUUAACUUUUUUUUUGGAUUAAUGUACAAAGUAAUUUAACGGUUGACUUAAUAAUAAGUUAAUAUCUGUAUGGUCGUGAGAGAAAGUCAAAACUCAUAGAAACUCAGCAAAAACGCAUACCAAAUAGGUUCAGUUAUUAAUUUUGUAAACACAGUUCUCAAAAAG